AUGAGUACUUUUGGCAAUAUUUUUCGCGUGACAACCUAUGGUGAAUCUCACGGGAAGUCUGUUGGUUGUAUAGUGGAUGGUUGUCCUCCUGGUUUACCUCUUAUAGAAGCUGAUAUUCAAAAACAAUUGAGUAGAAGAAGGCCAGGUCAGAAUGAAAAAGAUUUGGUUGUUAUACAAUCAGGAACUGAAUUUGGUAUAACACUUGGAACACCAAUUGGUUUACUGGUACCAAAUCAAGAUCAACGGCCUCAUGAUUAUUCAGAAACUGAUUUAUAUCCAAGGCCAAGUCAUGCUGAUUGGACCUACUUACAAAAAUAUGGUGUAAAGGCUAGUAGUGGUGGUGGUAGAGCAUCAGCAAGAGAAACAAUAGGAAGAGUGGCAGCAGGAGCUAUUGCAGAGAAAUAUCUUAAAAUGGUUUAUAAUAUAGAUAUUGUAGCAUUUGUUUCUUCAGUCUCAAAUAUAAAAAUGCCUUUUAUCAAAGAAAUAGGCUAUCAUAAUAAUGAUGAUCAAUUAUAUUCACAAGAUUUUUGGAUAUUUCAAUGUCCUGAUAAGGAAAUUUCAGUAAGAAUGACUCAGUGUAUAAUUAAAGCAAAAAAAUCUAAUGAUUCUGUUGGUGGAACUGUAACAUGUGUUAUUCGUAAUGUACCAUCAGGAUUGGGUGAACCAUGUUUUGAUAAGUUAGAAGCUAAAUUAGCACAUGCAAUGUUUUCAAUCCCUCUACCAAAGGAUUUGAGAUUGGAAGUGGCUUCCAAGGGAGAAUCAAUCACAAACGAAUUCUUGUUGCAAGAGGCCAUCAUGAUCCUUGUGUUGUACCACGUGCUGUCCCAAUUGUUGAGGCAGUGGCUUGCUUUAGUUGUUAUGGAUGCACUAAUGAUUCAACAAUCACGUAAAACUGCUGCAUCAUUACUUCCACAAAUACUUAAUAUACCUGUUACAAUGUUAGGUGUUGUUCCAAUAAAAUCAUAUAAUGAAACAACAGAAAAUAAAGACUCAUAG